AUGAACACCUUCUGGGAGAAAAAACAUCCGGUAUUGAACCCCGAAUGUUCUACUUCGGCACUUCAUUACGGAAACGUGAUGCAGAACGUUCUACCGAAAAACUAUCGAUGGUCAAAUGCCACCAUACCGUACAUGUUCGAUGAACCAUUGAUUACGAUGGAAGUGUUGCACAGUAGUACUUGUGUACGGUUCGUGGAAAGAAGUCACGAGGUGCAACAUGUCUUGAUCACGGGCGAUGAAACCAGUGGAUGUUGGGCUGAUACAGGUCGACAGGCAAGCACUACGUACUUGAACCUUCCAUGGUACUGCACACAAUCAAUCGGAUCGAUCCUGCACGAGCUGAUGCACGCACUAGGAUUCCUUCAUCAGCACACCCGUCCAGAUCGGGAUCGGUAUGUGUGUGUUCUGUACGAAAAUGUGCUACCCGAGUCAACCGCUUUGUACAACUACGAGAUCGUGAAACCUUGGACUGAUCUGGCUUUUCCGUUACCGUACGAUUUCGAAAGCAUCAUGCACUAUACCCCAGACAUGUACAGCGUAGCACCGGGACGUUCAUUAACGAUGGUACCACGGUACCCCUGGAACGUCACGGAGCUAGGCCAGCGUAAUCAUCUGACGGAGCUUGACGUACUGGCAAUACAUUUUGUUUAUUGCGUUUAA